AUGGAGAUCAGCGUUUCGUUGAACCCAGGCAAUGACGGCGUGGAGGCGGUGGUGGUGCUCCCACCCGGCGUAUCCUCUGCGGCGGACGUCAUUGUGGAGGUCCUGGGUGACGAUACACUGCUCGUCCAGAGCCCCAGCUGCGCUCAAUCCGUUCAGGCUGUCCUGCCCGUUGCCGUCGACCCAGAUACUGGCAGGGUCCGCUUCAAGCGGUCGACAGGCAAACUCAUCUUCACGGCCACCGCACGGCGCAGCACACUGGUCCAUCCAGCUCCGCCCGCCUCCGACACCGAGUCCAUAGCAGCGCACCCAUCCCACCCUCCCGACGCGCCGCCACCGGAACUCCCACCAACACGAAUAGAAUCGGAGCCCCAUGCUGCACACUGUUCAGCAGCAGAAGCUGCAAGCCCCAGUCCCAGGGCCAGCCCUGCCGUCCAGGCCGCUUCCCCAUCCCAACCAGACCAACUUGUCGCGAUGACAAUGAUGGGGAGCGUAACGCCGUCUCCGGGCGAAGCACCGGCCCCAGCUGCAGCCCUGGGCAGGGCCACAGCCGUCACGCUGAAGGGUGAAGGCCGCCACGGAGGCGACGGCGACGGCAGCAGCGGUGACGGUAGCACCGGCACCGCGGCCUCCCAGCUCGCGACCGGGGGUAGCGGCUUCGGCUCCGCCGCCACCAGCGCAACGUCCUCCGGAGCAACUGGACUGCCCUCCAUCGGCGGCGGCGUCAGCUGCGUCACAGGAUGCACGGCGAGUGCUCCUGACAAUGGCCGAGUGACCUCGCCCCCGCCAGCACCCUGCACAGCCGCAGUAGCAUCGGGCGCCGACGCCGACGCGACCACCGUGACAUCCACCGUUAGCACCGACGUCAACGGCGGCGACGAUGAUGCAAAGUUGUACGAGGAGUACUACUGUGACUCGCCGCCGGCAAUGCCGCCGCCGUCACGGCAUCGAUCAGAGCAUAACGGCCGGAGCGCCGUACAUGACGCCGCCGAUUCUGCUGCACAGCAGUCAAUUUGCGGUGGUGGCGGCGGCGGCGGCGGUAGUGGUGUCAACGCUGCCCGGGUCGCGGCCGCAUUCGAACCCGCUGGCGGGACCAGCAGCCGUGACGCCGGCUUCUCCUUCACGGCGCCUGACCUGCCGCCGCCGCCACCGUUGCCGCCAGGCUUGCCGCCUGUCGCGCCGCCAAUCGACUGUCGCUACCUUUCGGUCGCCAACGCAUUGCGAGUGAGUGCGCACGCCUCCACAGCUGCCAUUGCGGAGUUGAUGGGGAUUCACCAACGCGGCUCGGUGGCUGCGGAGCGCCGCAAGGCCAAUAAGGUCAACGAAAUCUUGCAGCGCGUCGCCGAUACGCUCGACGCGUACGGCUAUGCUGUACUGGACAACUACAUAUCGGAAGCCGCCAUCAAGGGUGCCCGUGCCGAGCUCAAGGUAAUGGAACCGCAUUACAGCGCUGGCAUGAUCUGGGUCGGCAAGGAGGCGGAGGCUGGGGCCCAAAUUUCCGUAUCGUCCGUACGCGGCGACGUUGUACUGUGGCUGGACGACCAAGCACUCAACGCCACGGCAUUUGUGAAGGACGGCAUGUUGGCGGAUGUGGACGAGCUUGUUUUCGAGGGACUCCGUACCCGGCUGCCGUACCUGGCGGGGCUACAUCGCCGUAGUGACGCCAUGAUGGCCAUAUACCCCGGCAAGGGCGCUCGUUUCGCCAAGCAUGUGGACAACACCGCGAUGGACGGCCGCCGGCUGACGGUGCUCACCUAUCUGAAUCCCGGCUGGCAGGAACAGCAGGGCGGCGCGCUGAGGCUCUUCCCCGUGCGGGAGGGUGCGGAGGGUGUAGUGGACGUGCUUCCGCUGGCGGGUCGGGUGGCGCUGUUUCUGUCGGCGGAGGUGGCGCAUGAGGUGAUGCCGGCCUACGCGCCCCGGCACGCCGUAACGCUGUGGUACUUCGACGCGGGGGAGCAUGCCGCAACCCUCACAGCGGCCAAGGUGAUGCCGGGAGCUUGCAGCCGACCCGCUGCCCAGGCGGCCGCUACUGCGCUGCUGCGGGACCUCCUUGCGGAUGAGACAUGUUCAGGGAUCCCAGCAACACCGGAAGGCUGUGCGCAGCUGGGCACCCGGGUGGCCGCUUUGGAUCCCGGAGCGAAGCAGCUGCUGGCUGCGGUUCUGGGCCUACCCAGCGUGACGGCCCUCAUGGAGAGCAUGAGGGGCCUGACGCCCGAGUCCCUGCGGCGGCGGCGCGAGGAGCUUCGGAACAUGGGUCUGGGGACGCAGCACCACGCGCCCGAUACAUCCGCGCACGUCUGA